UUCUUCUUCUUUUUUUUUUUUUUUUUCCUUUUCCUUUUUGAGCCUCCAAAAGGCUCACUCGCCCCUUUCAUCUGCCGCCGCGGCCCAAUGGGAAGGCGGAGGCUGCCUGCAAGUGGUCUAAUCUCAAUGAGGUGUCAAUCAUGUUCCCCGGUGGGUGAAGUAAGGUCUUUUGUAACCGCCUCUGUCUUUGGGAAAGAGAGGAGAGAGGAGGAAGGUUGGAGCGGAGAGGGGGACGCCGGACCGUGCUGCAGGAGAGGAGCUGAGAUUUGAGCUCGCUCGUGUGUUAGCAGGGAGAAGCGGAGCACAUGGAUUUCUGAACACGCUGGGAUUUUAUAUAUCUACAAAAAAUAACAACAAGCGAACCUGACCCUCCUGAAAACAGUCAAAUGAAUCGUAAUUGCAGAUCAAUGCAGAGAGAUGGGGAAACUUCAUUCGAAACAUGCUGCCGUUUGUAAACCCAGAGAAAGUCCAGAAGGUGAUAGUUUUGCGGUGAACGCCUCUCUGGCUCGCAGAGGGCUGGAGGACUGGAUGGUGAAGCAGAAAUACUCCGGGGGCAGCAGCAGCGGCGGCAGCAGCUCGGGACUCCAGCACGGCUGCCAGCACCGCGCCGUGUGCAGGCUCUCCAGCGCCAGGGAUUUAUCUGGGGAAGGCUACAGAGACACUAUUGGUGAUGAACACUUUCAUCUAGAAGUGGCUUUGCCUCCAGAGAAGACAGAUGGAGUUUGCAGUGGAGAUGAAAAGAAAGCAGAAAAAGAAAGUGACACACGCACAAGUUCCAAGAAGCAACUGAAAUUUGAAGAAUUGCAAUGUGAUGUGUCUGUAGAGGAAGAUAACAGGCAAGAAUGGACCUUCACUCUGUAUGACUUUGAUAACAACGGAAGAGUCACACGUGAGGACAUUACCAGCUUGCUUCAUACCAUCUAUGAGGUAGUUGAUGCAUCAGUAAACCAUUCUCCUAGUUCCAGCAAAACUCUGAGAGUGAAACUUACUGUGGCACCAGACAGCAGCCAGAAGAAGAAGAGUAUCUUGUUAAAUCAUACUGAUUUGCAGAGUGCCAGGCACAGAGCUGAAAACAAAGCUAAUGAAGAAGCAAGAAGCUCUGAGAAGAAGCAGAGAGCUUCCCUCAGAUACCACCAGAGUGAGAACAAUCCAGAGCAAAGUGGGUGCUACCGUCAUUGUGUUGAUGAGAACAUUGAAAGGAGAAACCACUAUUUGGAUCUUGCAGGAAUAGAAAACUACACAUCAAAGUUUGGGCCAGGAUCUCCUCCAGCAGCUCAAAAACAUGACCCACCAGGCAGAAUUGUGAAUCAAACUAGAUCCCGUUCUCAUGAGCCUGAGACCUUCCAUGCUCACCAUAGGAAAUCCCAAGUGGUGGAUCCAAACCACAUCAAUCUGGCUGAAAGUUCCUAUGCCAAGAUUGCAGAAAUCCAGCAGAGGCUCCGGAACCAGGACUCCAACAAGCACUUUGUGAGGUCUCCCAAAGCCCAGGGCAAAAACGUUGCCCCUGUGCAUCCUGGAAGGGCAGUUAGGAAUAAGCCUUUCCAAGGGGUGCCCUUGCCCAUGGCUUCCCCAAGUGCACGGGUGGGCCAGAACCUCCCGUACCUUCCCUUGCAGUCCCAACAGAUCCACAAGAAGCAUAAGCAGAGGGCGAAGGAGAAUCACCAAAUGUGCAAAACCUUCCAGUCUCCAGGGACAGUUGUGGAAAAGGAGCACGUGAGAGACCUGCCCACAGUCAUUUUAUAUGAAGGCCAAGUGGGACAGAUGAUACAAAGACAUGAGCACCACCACCACCACGAGCACCACCACCACUACCACCACUUCUACCAGACAUAGAAGGGCUCCCACCAACACCCUCCAGGAAUCAUCCCAAAUGAAGGAAAUGCGUUCUUGUGAUACCAGAACUAAGGCAUUACUAUUAUUAAUGUUAUCAUUACUCCAUUAAUAUUCAGCUAACAUAUAUUUUAGAGGUUAUAUGGAACUCUUGAAACUCACACUAUUUAUAUGUUGUGGAACCGCAUAGCUUACUCAAACACCUUGUGGAUAUUUUUUUUUGUUGUUUUAAGUGGCUUGUAAAACAGCAAACAGCCAUAGCUUUUUGAGCUGUGAUUUAAUACAGAUCGUCAACGCACUUCUGUACAAGUACUACUUCCAGUGUACUCAGAAAGAUACUUCAAACACUCCUGCAGACAUCCAGCUUUCCACUCUGCUGUACGCCGGCUGAUCGCACACAAGCCUUUCAUCAGGGGAGCAAUGUUCGAAGGGUUGGACUCCAGAGAUACUCAGAUAAUGGAAAAUACAAACAGCUGCUACCUCUAGUAUUAUUCAGAUUUUAUUUUCUUUUUAUUGAUUGUAAUGUGCUACAGGGGGGAAUUUUAAUAUACUGUGUUCGUGUAGCCUGUUUGUGUUCACAUCCUUUCAAAUGAUCUUAAUUGCAAGGAAAUAUUAGCUAAACUUGUCAACAGGGCUACAUUUGUAUGACUUACACUUUAUUUUCUUGGAGAUUCUUCAUUGACACAAGUACAGUCUGUUGUAUACUGGGUAAUAUUUAAAUAUACUUUUAUUUUUGGUUUUUUUUUGCUUAUUCUCCACUCUGUUUGGGAUACUAUUUGAAAAGAGAAGGAUGUGAAAUGGGGUUUUCCAAAGCAGCACUAGACUUUAGUGCUUGGGCCAUAAGUAUCAUUCAUGGGGCUUUGAGAAGGAGAGGGGUCGAUUGGGGGGGUUUGUUUUGUUUAAAUCCACAGUUCUUUGUUUUGAGAAAGAAUUGAGGAAAAUAUACUUUCUCACUUUAAAUGUUGGCAAAUAUAUAUAAAAUAUAAAUAUAAAUAUAUAUAUAUAAAUAUGCACACUCUCAGGUACAUUUUGUUGUGUUUUAGAAAUCUGUGGUUUGAAUAUUAACAUUAUAUUUGUUUUUUCCACAACAGUGACUUUUUAGAAACAUAUGCCAUGGCAUUUUCUUGGUGCCUCCAGUUUGAAUUUCCCAAGCACCUAUCAAUUUGUGCUUCUCCCAUUUUAGAAACAUGUAUAAAAGUAUCAUUCACAAUCUUCCUAGAUUCUUCUACUUUUUCCAUAUCAAAGGGCUUCCAUUCCAUGAAGGAGAAUCAGACCACACUCUCAAGACCUUAAUGGUUGCUGAGAAAUUUGAAGGUGAAAAGAAAAUUGGAAAAGUGAAAAAAAAAAAAAAAAGGGAGGGAGUCAGUGCAUUGACGUUUCGCUUUCUGUGGAGCCCAGAUUUAAAAUAGAUUCAGUUGGGUUUUGUACAGAUCACCAUUUUGCAGGUAGAAAGUGACUGGAAAACACCUACAUUUCUUUUGGAACAUUAGAGAACUCCUACAUAAAGACAUAAUUGUUCGAUAAAUGUAUUUGCUUUUGGUUUUAAUUAUUUUUAAUGUUGUGGUAUUUUGUCAAUAGUAUAUAUUGUAAAAUGUAACUAUCCGACAUUGUUAUAAGCCCUUUAUGGUUGGGGUAUUUUUUGUUUUCUGACUAGAGUUUUGAUCAGUCCAAAAUGGGGUCUUACCUUACUGCUGACCAGGUUUAGGGGGAUGCUGUCCUUUCUGAGAACACAGAGACAUCACCUGGUAAAGAACAGGGGAAGCUUUGCCUUCUCAUGGAAUUGGAAUGGAAUCACUGCUUCAUGGUAAUUAGGUCCGUCUCUUGUCUCCCUGGAUCAGCAGAUGUUUAGACUUAUUGUCCCCUUGAAAAAAUCUGGUUUAUUUUAUUUUACUUUUUUUAGCUGUCAACAGCGUGUUCUGUAAAAUCUAACAAAAUGUUUUUAAAAUGUGUUUGAUCUGUGUGACAACUAUACUGUUCUGUUUAUUUUAAAAUUCCUAAAGUCCAAAAAUAUUUAUAUGCAGAAUUUUCUGUGUUGAGAAUAUGAAAAGGCCACAAAUUUGGUUAGUUACCACUGAGUUGUUCUAGUCUAAGCCUUUUUUGCUGCUUGUGUAUCAUUCUUUUUCAAUGUAUAUAUAAUUAUGGACUGCAAAAAGAAAAAAAAAAGGCAUUUAUAUGUCUAGUAGAAGGAAUAAGCUUAUUUAUAUUAUAGUGUUAAAAAAGUCUGAUGUAUUCAAGUGACUUACAUUAUACCGCAUGCAAACACACAGUGUACAUUCCAUCUCAGAAGGGAUGCCAUGCUAUUUGCUUUGAAGAAGUAAUUAAAGCUGUUCUCUUUUCAGUAGAGCACAUGCCACAAAGGCUGAGAGGUGGAAAUUGUUCUUAGUCAAUUUUUUUAAGUGCAGAUUGUUACUGAAAACCAGAAAGCAUUGUGGAAAACUCGAGUGCUUUCAGAAUUGUGGGGUUUUCUACAAAAGGGCAGCAAAGGGGUAAAACUGCUUCUUCACCCAAAGAUAUUUUGGUGGAAAAGAAAACAGCACCACUACCAAAAUCCAUCUGAGUGAGAGGUGUGCAGUGCUGGCUGUGCCAGGUGGACUCUGAUGUGGAACACAACUGACCAUUCGUUACUGCCUGGCGUUGCUUUGGUUUGGGUUAUUGUAUUUGGACAUUCGAAAGACAAAUUCUGCCUUGCCCACAGUCUGUGAAACACAAAUGCCUCUUAAUAACAUGGCAUCCCCUUAUGAAAACCUUACACCAGCCAUGUAUGAAUAUACAGUAUCUAAAUACUGUGUUGCAGUUGUGUUAUGUGCAUUAUAAGUGUGAAUAACAUGUAGCACAGUUUCUUUUCACAAAACCUUAAAUUUCUGUACCUUUUAAAUAUGUUUGCUUUUCAGUAUUUUGUAUAGUAAAUAUAGAUGGUUUUGACUAAAUGCUUUAUUUAUUUAACAGCAAAAACUGUGCCAAGAGAACCCCCUGUUAAUUAAAGUUUUACUAGUUCAGAAAGUAUAUUUCUUUCUUCUUGUUGUGGAUUUCAGGGGCCUGUUGCAAUUGCUGUCAGUGCUUGCAGAUCCCACUGAUGAAAGAGCUUGCAUUAACAUUUUUGGGAACAGGAUCAGGAAAUUACGUAUGGGCUGGGUAUGCUUUGGUCUAGUAUUUAAAAUAUCACGUUUCAAAGUUAAAUUUCUUGUCCCCUGCUGUUGGACCUGUGUUGAGUAACUGAUAUUUCAUCUUGCUAUUAAUUCUGAAAACUUUUCCUUAAAAAAAAUAAAAAUAUUGGUUUAGGUUGUUCAAAACCAUAGCUGAAUCAGAAUUUGACAGAGUUUAGUUUCUGGUUGAUUAAAACAUUUACUUCCAAAGAAAAACAUACCGGAGUUGAGUAUAUUGUUAAUAUUGAAAAGGAAAAUGGAUUGGCAUUAAGUAAUUUCAGAUGAAAACUCCAGACUUUUCACUUCCUUCUUCUGUUUUUACAUAAGGCAGUUCAGCAAAAUGAAGUCAAUCCUGAAGUUUGCACUAUUUGCUGAAAAAAUUAAAUUGAAAACUUUUGCUCAUCUCUACCAGCUUCAGUUCUGGGUAGGGCAGUGUUUUGAAAAGAAGGGUUGCUAAGAUCUUCUCAUAAUACAAAUUAACCUAAGCUAAGGCUGUGAAGUAAAAUCUCUGUCCCAGUGAAAUCUCUGGCAAGGCUGCCAGGUUCCCACUGGCUGCAGGGUGCCUGUAAUUUUAUUCCAGGAAGGUGGGUUUGAAAUCUACAUAAUGUGCAGCCAGUAACUCCAGUAUUUAUUUUUUUCUGCAUCUUACUGCUGAUGGGUUUGCUAAUAGUAAAUGGAAGUUUUGCUGUAAGAGAUCAAGCUGGUAAAUGAAUUAACAUUAGCAGCAAAUACUCUUUACACUGAUGUCAUUGGAAGCCCUCAAGGCACUUCCAAAACUCUUUGAAACAGCCUCAUAUCAUUUUGUCAUUGUUAGAAAUGGAGACCCAGUUCUGCCCUUGGAUGAUGAGGUACAGAUUUUCCUGGCAUAUUGGCAGAGCAGCCCCAAAUAUAUCACCAAAUACAUGACCUCUAUUAUGGUUUUUCUACUCUAGUCAUUGUGAGGAUAGAAGAGCAAUGUUUAGCUGGAGAAGUACUUUAAAGGUGUGUGCUUUGUGUGUGUAUAUGUGUAUAUAUAUAUAUAUAUAUAUAUAUGUGUGUGUGUGUGUGUGUGAGUGUGUGUGUCCUCUGGCAGAAGUUAGUGAGUGGAACAAGAUGGACUCUGACAGAGGUGAUUUUUUCUAAAGGGAUGAGCUCUGUGUGUGCUCAGCAGCCCACAAGUUGCCACAUAAACACCGAGCUCUGAUGAAUGCAUACUGUUCUCCAUAUGUCAUCGUGUACCUCAAUUACUGAAUGACAGAUUUCAUUUGUAUUCCAAUUAACAGGAAAGUUGGGCCCCUUUGGGCCUAGAUUAUACUUGAGAAAAAUUCAUCAUGCUAGAAAAUUUGCAAAAACAUUCACCAUAAUUUUUGCCUGGAGUACAGGCAAGAAUGUUCAUGUUUGGAAACAUGUCAGCUAAUCAAGUCUCACCUUUAAUUACCUUGAUGGAAUUCAUCAAGAUCUGAAAAUACAUUUUCAAACAUGACUUAUUCAUGGCUUUGCUGGGAACCAAGUCUUAUUCAGCAUCCUAUUAAUUGUCAGACUUCUUUGGUUUUGGUUUGGUUUUUUUUUUAUAUAUAUAUACCAGCAGAAACAUGUUUGAAAAUCCAUAAACUAAAAAUUGAACUUAAUGUAUUUUCUAAAUAGCUUCUGGAAGAAGAUAUCUUUCCUGAUGCACUUAUCAGUAAAACCAGCCUCUAUUUAUGACAUAAUAAUGUAUUUUGUUUGCAUAUUUGAACAGAUGUUGAGUUGAUUUGAUUUGGAAGGGUCUGCUUUGGGGUUUUUUGUUGUUCUGUGCACAUUUAAAAUGUGCUUUAAAUGGUCUAAAAGGAACAGAUAGAGAAAAACAAAUUAUAUUGAAAUUAUUCAAUAUGCAUUGAAAUGCAUCCUAUUUGAAGCUUGGAUUGUAGUUAUUAAAUAAUGAGGUUUUCAAUGAUGCUUUAAUUUACUUUUAUAUUUCUAUAUAUUUCUAGAUAACUCAAUCCUAAAUGAGCUGAAAUAAUAGGAGUCACAUGGAUGAAGUCUUCUAAUUUCUUUGGUUUAAACUACCAGGAUUUAAGGGCUGUUCAGCAGAUUACUGUGAGGGUUAGAGCUGUGAAGAAAGACUGGCAAGGGAAGGAUGGAAGGAUUUGAGAAGUGUAGGGAUAGCACAGAACUGUCCAACAGAGGAGCUGGGAGAGACACACCAGAGGCAGGAAAAUCCUGCAUGGAAAAAUUCUUAUUCAUAUUACUUUUGUGAAUCUCUUCUGGUACAGUUUUUGCUCAUAAAACAGCAGCAGUAGUUUGUAGAAUGCUUUUCACUGGGAAAACUUGAAAGACUUUGUUUAAGAGGUGAAUCUCCAGCGUGCAGGGGGAGGCACAAGGCAGGAAAGGUGCAGAUAAUCUCUGGGGCUGUGGCAGAAUAAGGAAGGAUCCCCGGGUCCCUGUCCAAGCUGAGGGAAGUGGUUUUGGAAGCAGAGGUGUUUCUACAGAUGUUUUAGAUAUUCCUUAGAACACAUUUUGAACAGUGACAUCAGUUCUUUUUGAUUACAAACACACAGAAAUUGGUCAAAUGUUACCCAAAGUUUCCGUAUCUGUCCUGAUUUUUCUAAACACUGAGCAUUCACUAUGCUUAUGAAAUCUACUGACACAGGGUGAUCUUUAUAGCACAAGGAAUGACAAACAGGCUGUGUUGGUUGUCUCAGGCUGGUGUUCUGGGGUCUGAGAGUCGAAAGCUCCAGAAGAUUUUCAAGGAUGUUGAAGACAUAAUGUUAAGGGGCUUCAUAAAUUUGGCAGUGGGCAAACAUUAACAAUAGCAGGCAUAGUGGUAAUGGUGAGCAUUGUUCUUGCUGGUUUCUAGGACAUGUCUGUGAGGUGGGGUGUGUGUCUUCCUUUGAGUGCCUAGUCCAUAGAGACAAAGCUGCCUCUAAUGGCUACCAGCUAAGGGAUGUAUGUACUCCUUUGGUGUUGUAUUUUGUGGGUGAAGAUGUGGGGUUCAGAUCCUUCUGGUGCUGAGUGCUUUUUCUUGCAUUUAAUCCUUCCCAUUCUGUUCUAUUCACGAAGUAUAGCAUGCUGAGGCUUUGUGAAUUUUCUAAUAAAGCACCUAACAAACUGGGCCAAAUUUGUUUUCAGCUUCAUAAAUGGAAGCAGAAGAGCCCCAUGCAUGUCUUGGAAUUUGGACCUUACAAAUGCAGUUUGCUAUGAUUCAUCAUUUUUUCUUGUACUAAUUUCAGAUAUUUGAUAAGCUCUUUUUAUGGUUUACAAGUUUAAAAAGACAAAUAAAACUUUGUAGAUUAAAA